AAAAAUCCCUUUGCCUUUUUUUCUGCUUGACUGAAACCCAAAACGCGAACCAGGUUUGUAGAACCCGGAUGGAUCUUACCAGUGAGCCACAUUUCCUCGUUUACUGAAUUCAUGCUCAAACCCCAUGAAAGCCCGACAUAGAGGGAGUAGGUAGGCUUACAGAACGGAGGGGAGAAGAAAAAUGAUAGUGGCCCACUGGCCUCCAAUAUCUGCUACUUUAUGCCCCAAAUUUAGUGGGCAUGUUAACAAACCGCUGAAAGGUCUCCGUUCCUUCACAUUCAACUCCAGUUUCAGCUUCAAAGCUUCUUUCAGGUGUUAUUGCAUCAAAAAUGAAAACCCCAAUAAGAUUUCUUCUGAGGAGGGAUUCUCAGUCCUGGGAUCGGAUAUUCCAUGGGACAGUGGGAGCAUUUGGAGUACAAUGGCAUUCUACUUUUUCAGUUUGCACAUUCCAUUUAGCUUUGGAGGCUUGUCUGUGGUUGCUCAAAUAUUGCAUCAACCUGUUAUUGAUCCGCAGACAGAGGCAUUAUCAAUUCUCACAUUACAAACUUUAGAGCUCAUUGGGGCCCUUCUUCUUCUGAAUUAUACUGCUAAGCCAGGCUAUAGAUUUUCUGUCUUUAGAGGUGACCAGUUAUCAACAAGGAGGAAUUGGUUGUUGGCUUCAGCAAUUGGUUUUGGGUUUCUUGUUUUGUUGGUUUUUCUUACAUCACUUGUUGCUGACAUAUUAAUUGGGCCCAAGGCUGUGAAUAACCCCAUACUAAAGGAGAUCCUUUUAAGCAGCAAUGUCUCUGAAAUCGCCUGCAUCCUGGUUUACUGCAUUGUCACUCCCCUGCUGGAGGAAACUGUUUACAGAGGGUUCCUGUUGACAUCUCUUGCCUCUACAAUGAAAUGGCAGCAAGCAGUUAUCAUAACCUCGGCCAUCUUCUCUGCAGCUCACUUCUCUGGUGAGAACUCAUUACAAUUGUUCAUCAUUGGUUGUGUCCUCGGAUGCUCUUAUUGUUGGACUGGAAGCUUGAGUUCUUCAAUUGUCAUACAUUCCCUAUACAAUGCCCUGACACUAACAAUUACUCUUUUGUCCUAACAAUUAAACCUAAGCCAUUGUCAAUUUUUGUCCCAUUUUGUUUGAAAUUAUAGGAAGAAGGGAAGAGAAUGACACACAAGUUCAUGAUCCCUUUUGGGCAUCUUAUACUGGCAUUCACAUCUUAUAAAUGUUGUACAUAUUAUGAUGAAAAUGCACUUCAAAAUGCCUCAUAUGCAGAUUUGAAUGUAUAAUGAUCAUCUUUGCUUGGAUUCCAUAACCCAGGUGAGGGUAGGCCAGAGGUACACAAUUAUUGAUGCUCUUUGAUGUCAUAUAUUGCUUUACAACACAUUCAUCUUGUCAUUCUCUCCCACAAUGCAUGCACCAUUUACAAUACCUAACAAAUUCAAAUUACCAUGUCCUCCUUUUUCCCCUUGUCUAUUGUGUUUAUAUCCUGUAAAUGUGAUAUUCUAAUUUCAAAUCAUCCAAUUUGAAUGACCCAAAUUUUUAGAAGUAUGAAUGCAGAAAUAUAAUUGAACGCUUACACAUCAUAGAACAGCCUGUAAAAUUUUUGAAAUGCAUGUGCCUUCAAAAUGACACAAAUAUUCAAACAGGAGGAAUCAUCAAUCAAGUUCCAUAGAAUGAGGGAAGUGGGGCACCCCAUGAAGCUUCCAUAUGACAUGGGGCCAUGCCCAUUUUAAGGAGAGGCACCAUAAUGUUGAGUAGAAGAUGAAAAUCAUGAAAUAAGGUCCAUGUAAUCAUUCCCCUCUCCCCCAAGUCUCUUUCUGUGCCUUUUGUCUUCCUCCCUGGCGCCGAACCGAUCAUCUCAUUGUCUGUCACCCACCCACACACAAUAAUGCCUCUAAUUCUUCCAGAGAGGCCAAUAGCCCCACCCCCUCUUCUAAUACCACCCUUAAGACAAAGUAUCCUACUUGGAUCAACACCCACAUUUAGCUGUGUUCCAUGUACCAUUUCCCUUCUUUUUUUUCUUUGAAAUUCAAACUUGAAAAGGUACUUCUCUAAUCUUAUAUAGUAUUUUAUUAGACCGUUUGAUUGAAAUUGUGGCAUCGAGAGACUCACAUAUGGUAUACUCCAGCUAGUGAGUCACUUUAUAUAACACUUUAGUGAUCCCCACACAUGUGUUUCAAAGAAGAAUAAAGAAAGCAUGAUUCAAGUUUAAGCUAUUUUGGCGCCUCUCUCUCUCUCUCUCUCUCCCUCUAUAUAUAUAUAUUUGAUAAUUUUGUUGUUUUUCAAAAUGUAGAUAAGGAAUAAAGACCCAAAAGAUGAUUUUUUGGAAAUUAUCAAUUAUAUAUACAUAUUGAAAUACAUUAGAACAAAUAUUAAAAUAAUAAUAAUAAAUAAUAAUAAUAAUAAUUAUUAUUAUUAUUAUUAUAGAGACCUUGGAAUUAGUAAUUUUUUCUCCUUGUAUGAUAUGAUAAUUUGAGUUGGAAACAAACAAGGCCACAUGUUCCCACAUGGGGCCAUAUCAUAGCCACUCAGGCCUGAUGCUUAUCCCGCAAUCAACGUGACCACAUAACCAAUCAUCAACGGCCACGUCUCCACUGCACCCACGAGGGUCACCCUUUUUAAGCCUACCCCCCUCGUCUCCUUAGCUGUGAAGUUGUUGCAGCUUGGUAUUAAUUAGAAAGAGCCCCGACCCCUAGAGAGUUAUUGGGGAGAAAGAAGAAGAGGAAGAAGAUGGCAGAGUUUGAGAAGCAGCUGAAGGAAAGAGCGAGGGAGCUCAAGACUUUCUUCAAGAAGGGCGUGAAGAUAGUGGGAGAUUCAUGCAAGAAGGGGUGGUACAAAGUCAGACACAUGAGAGGCUAGUUCAUCGUCAUGCUCCAAAUCAAAAACCCUAGUUUUCCUUCUUUCUUUCUUUCAAUGUAAAAAUCUUAAGUCUCGUCUCUCAUUUUUCUUUUUUCGUUUUUUUUUUUUCUUUUUUGUUUUCUUUUGGAAGCGUUUGUUGGUUUAGGGUUUGGUUCUUAAUUUGUUGUGGUUUUGUCUGCAUGAGAACGUUGAUCUCUUGAUUUCUAUUAUUUGUAUUCGAUUGUUUUUAUCUCGAAUUUUGAAGUUGAUUUUUCCUCUU